CCCCGCGCCCGGGCGCUGUGUCCUGGGGUCGGAUCCUGCAGGUGCCCUGGGUGGGCACGGUCGGUGGGCAAGGUCGCAGGCCUCUUAUGUAAGGAGCUAAAAAGGAGAUAAAAUAUACAGGAUGAAAAGAUGGCAACAUUGCCUCCCCCAGGACCUCAGAGCUUUGUCCGCUUCACAAAACAGUCUCUUGCCCACAUUGAGCAGCGCAUCGCUGAAAGAAAAGCACAAGAACCCAAAGAAGAAAAGAAAGAUGAUGAAGAAGAAGGCCCAAAGCCCAGCAGCGACUUGGAGGCUGGCAAACAGUUACCGUUCAUCUACGGAGACAUUCCUCCAGGCAUGGUGUCAGAGGCCCUGGAGGACCUGGACCCCUACUAUGCAGACAAAAAAACUUUUAUAGUACUGAACAAAGGGAAAGCGAUCUUCCGUUUCAAUGCCACACCUGCUCUGUACAUAUUAUCUCCUUUCAGUCCGCUAAGAAGAAUUUCUAUUAAGAUUUUAGUACACUCCUUGUUCAGCAUGCUUAUCAUGUGCACCAUUCUGACAAACUGCAUAUUUAUGACCAUGAAGAGCCCUCCAGAAUGGACCAAAAAUGUAGAGUACACUUUUACUGGAAUAUACACUUUUGAAUCACUUAUAAAAAUCCUUGCAAGAGGCUUCUGUGUUGGAGAAUUCACUUUCCUUAGGGAUCCAUGGAACUGGCUGGAUUUUAUCGUGAUUGUUUUUGCGUAUUUAACAGAAUUUGUAAACCUAGGCAAUGUUUCAGCUCUUCGAACUUUCAGAGUCUUGAGAGCUUUGAAAACUAUUUCUGUAAUUCCAGGCCUGAAGACCAUUGUGGGGGCGCUGAUCCAGUCGGUGAAGAAGCUGUCAGAUGUCAUGAUCCUGACUGUGUUCUGUCUGAGCGUGUUUGCACUCAUAGGACUGCAGCUCUUCAUGGGCAACCUGAAGCAGAAAUGUUUGCAGGACGAAAUUGCAAAGAAUGGAACAGCUAUGAUCAUGCUGAAUACCUCUAACAAUGAAGAAGAAUUGAAAAAAUAUGUUUAUUACUUGGAGGGAUCCAAAGAUGCUCUCCUUUGUGGUUUCAGCACAGAUUCAGGUCAGUGUCCAGAAGGGUUCACCUGUGUGAAGAUUGGCAGAAACCCUGAUUAUGGCUACACAAGCUUUGACACUUUCGGCUGGGCCUUCUUAGCCUUGUUUAGGCUAAUGACACAAGAUUACUGGGAAAACCUUUACCAACAGACACUGCGUGCUGCUGGCAAAACCUACAUGAUCUUCUUUGUAGUCGUGAUUUUCCUGGGCUCCUUUUAUCUAAUCAACUUGAUCCUGGCUGUGGUUGCCAUGGCCUAUGAAGAACAGAACCAGGCAAACAUUGAAGAAGCUAAACAGAAGGAAUUGGAAUUUAAACAGAUGUUAGAUCAGCUCAAAAAAGAACAAGAAGAAGCUGAGGCAAUAGCAGCGGCGGCGGCAGCGGCUGAAUACACAAGUAUGAGACGAAGCCAAAUCCUGGGCCUCUCAGAGAGCUCCUCAGAAACGUCCAAGCUGAGUUCGAAAAGUGCUAAGGAAAGAAGAAACAGAAGAAAGAAAAAGAAUCAGAAGAAACUUUCCAGUGGAGAGGAGAAGGGAGACGAUGAGAAGUUGUCCAAGUCGGAAUCAGAAGAGAGCAUCCGAAGGAAAAGCUUCUUUCUCGGUGUUGAAGGGCACAGACAGGCUCGCGAGAAGAGACUCUCCACCCCUAACCAGUCACCACUCAGCAUUCGUGGCUCCCUGUUUUCCGCAAGGCGCAGCAGCAGGACAAGUCUUUUCAGUUUCAAGGGCCGAGGAAAAGACAUAGGAUCUGAGACUGAAUUUGCUGAUGACGAGCACAGCAUUUUUGGAGACAGUGAGAGCAGACGGGGCUCACUCUUCCUGCCCCCCAGAUUCCGGGAGCGGCGCAGCAGUAACAUCAGCCAAGCCAGUAGGUCCCCCCCAAUGCUGCCAGUGAACGGGAAGAUGCACAGUGCCGUGGACUGCAAUGGUGUGGUUUCCCUGGUUGAUGGACCCUCAGCCCUCAUGCUUCCCAAUGGACAGCUUCUGCCAGAGGUGAUAAUAGAUAAGGCAACUUCUGAUGAGAGCGGUACAACCCUUCAAAUACGCAAAAAAAGACGUUCCAGUUCUUAUUUUCUUUCGGAAGAUAUGCUGAAUGAUCCCCACGUCCGUCAAAGGGCAAUGAGCAGAGCAAGCAUCCUCUCAAACACGGUAGAAGAACUUGAAGAGUCCAGACAAAAAUGUCCACGUUGGUGGUACAAAUUUGCACACACAUUUUUGAUCUGGAAUUGCUCUCCAUAUUGGAUAAAAUUCAAAAAGUUUAUCUAUUUUAUUGUAAUGGAUCCUUUUGUAGAUCUUGCAAUUACCAUUUGCAUAGUUUUAAACACAUUAUUUAUGGCUAUGGAACAUCAUCCAAUGACUGAUGAAUUCAAAAAUGUACUUGCUGUGGGAAAUUUGGUCUUUACUGGAAUCUUUGCAGCUGAAAUGGUUUUGAAAUUAAUUGCCAUGGAUCCAUAUAAGUAUUUCCAAGUAGGCUGGAAUAUUUUUGACAGCCUUAUUGUGACUUUAAGUUUGGUAGAACUUUUUCUAGCAGAUGUGGAAGGAUUGUCAGUUCUGAGAUCAUUUAGGCUGCUCCGAGUCUUCAAAUUGGCAAAAUCCUGGCCCACAUUGAACACGCUGAUAAAGAUCAUUGGCAAUUCCGUGGGGGCUCUGGGGAACCUCACCUUGGUGUUGGCCAUCAUCGUCUUCAUCUUUGCCGUGGUCGGCAUGCAGCUCUUUGGCAAGAGCUACAAAGAGUGUGUCUGCAAGAUCAACGAGGACUGUACGCUCCCACGCUGGCACAUGAACGACUUCUUCCACUCCUUCCUGAUCGUGUUCCGCGUGCUGUGUGGAGAGUGGAUAGAGACCAUGUGGGACUGCAUGGAGGUCGCUGGCCAAGCCAUGUGCCUUAUUGUUUACAUGAUGGUCAUGGUCAUUGGAAACCUAGUGGUCCUCAACUUGUUCCUUGCUUUGUUAUUGAGUUCAUUUAGUUCUGACAAUCUAACAGCAAUCGAAGAAGACCCCGAUGCAAACAACCUCCAGAUUGCCGUGGCCAGAAUUAAAAAGGGAAUAGAUUAUGUGAAACAGAUCGCACGUGAGUUUAUUCUAAAAGCAUUUUCAAAAAAGCCAAAGGUUUCCCAGGAGAUAAGACAAACAGAAGAUCUAAACAGCAAAAAGGCAAACUAUAUCUCUAGCCGUACGCUUGCUGAAAUGAGCAAAGAUCACAUUUUCCAGAAGGAAAACGAAAAAAGCAGCAUCUUUGGAAGCAGCAUGGACAGAAACUUGAUGGAAGAAAGUGAUUAUCAAUCAUUUAUUCAUAAUCCCAGCCUCACAGUGACCGUACCAAUUGCACCUGGGGAAUCUGAUUUGGAAAAUAUGAAUACUGAGGAACUUAGUAGCGAUUCUGACAGCGACUAUAGCAAAGAGAGAUUGCACCGAUCAAGCUCCUCUGAGUGCAGCACAGUUGUUAACCCUGUGCCUGGAGAAGAAGAAGCAGAGUCUGAACCCACGAAUUCAGACGAACCAGAAGCCUGCUUUACAGAUGGAUGUGUUCGGAGAUUCCCAUGCUGCCAGGUUGACAUAGAGUCGGGGAAAGGAAAGAUCUGGUGGAACAUCAGAAAAACCUGCUACAGGAUAGUUGAACACAGUUGGUUUGAAAGUUUCAUUGUUCUAAUGAUCCUGCUCAGCAGUGGAGCUCUGGCUUUUGAAGAUAUAUAUAUUGAAAAAAAACGAACCAUUAAGACUAUCCUGGAGUAUGCUGACAAGAUAUUCACCUACAUCUUCAUUCUGGAAAUGCUUUUAAAAUGGGUGGCAUAUGGGUAUAAAAUAUAUUUCACCAAUGCAUGGUGUUGGCUAGAUUUCUUAAUUGUUGAUGUUUCUUUAGUUACUUUAGUUGCUUCCACUCUCGGCUACUCAGAACUUGGGCCCAUUAGAUCUCUUCGAACACUUAGAGCAUUACGACCUCUAAGAGCCUUAUCGAGAUUUGAAGGAAUGAGGGUGGUUGUGAAUGCGCUCAUUGGUGCGAUUCCUUCCAUCAUGAAUGUGCUCCUUGUAUGUCUCAUAUUCUGGCUAAUAUUUAGCAUCAUGGGUGUGAAUUUGUUUGCUGGCAAGUUCUAUGAGUGUGUUAACACCACAGAUGGGUCACGGUUUCUGGAAACUAAAGUUCAGAAUCGUUCUGAGUGCUUUGCCCUUAUGAAUGGUACUACUGAUGUGCGCUGGAAAAACCUGAAAGUGAACUUUGAUAAUGUUGGACUCGGUUACCUGUCUUUGCUUCAAGUUGCAACAUUUAAGGGAUGGAUGGAUAUUAUGUAUGCAGCAGUUGAUUCUGUCAAUGUAAACCAGCAGCCCAAAUAUGAAUACAACCUCUACAUGUAUAUUUAUUUUGUCAUCUUUAUCAUCUUUGGAUCAUUCUUCACUCUGAAUUUAUUCAUUGGUGUCAUCAUAGAUAACUUCAACCAACAAAAAAAGAAGCUUGGAGGUCAAGAUAUCUUCAUGACAGAAGAACAAAAAAAAUACUAUAAUGCAAUGAAAAAGCUGGGGUCCAAGAAACCACAAAAGCCAAUUCCCCGGCCAGGGAACAAGUUCCAAGGAUGUAUAUUUGACCUCGUAACAAACCAAGCCUUUGACAUCACCAUUAUGGUUCUUAUCUGUCUCAAUAUGGUAACCAUGAUGGCAGAAAAAGAGGGACAGGAUUCGAGCACAGUGGAAGUUCUGUACUGGAUAAAUGUUGUGUUCGUUGUCCUGUUCACUGGAGAAUGUGUGCUGAAACUCAUCUCCCUCCGACACUACUACUUCACAGUGGGAUGGAACAUUUUUGAUUUUGUGGUUGUGAUUCUCUCCAUUGUAGGCAUGUUUCUUGCGGACCUGAUAGAGAAGUACUUUGUGUCCCCUACCCUGUUCCGAGUGAUUCGUCUUGCCAGGAUUGGCAGAAUCCUUCGUCUGAUCAAAGGAGCAAAGGGGAUCCGCACGCUGCUCUUUGCUUUGAUGAUGUCCCUUCCUGCCUUGUUUAACAUCGGCCUCCUGCUCUUCCUGGUCAUGUUCAUCUACGCCAUCUUUGGAAUGUCCAACUUUGCCUAUGUUAAAAAGGAAGCUGGAAUUAAUGACAUGUUCAACUUUGAGACCUUUGGCAAUAGCAUGAUCUGCCUGUUCCAAAUCACCACCUCUGCUGGCUGGGAUGGACUACUGGCACCUAUUCUCAACAGUGGACCUCCAGACUGUGACCCCCACAAAGUUCAUCCAGGAAGUUCAACUGAAGGAGACUGUGGGAACCCAUCUGUUGGGAUUUUCUAUUUUGUCAGUUACAUCAUCAUUUCCUUUCUGGUCGUGGUGAACAUGUAUAUCGCUGUCAUCCUUGAGAACUUCAGCGUUGCCACUGAAGAGAGUACUGAACCCCUGAGUGAGGAUGACUUUGAGAUGUUCUACGAAGUUUGGGAGAAGUUUGACCCUGAUGCAACUCAGUUCAUAGAAUACAGCAAGCUCUCCGAUUUUGCAGCUGCCCUGGAUCCCCCUCUCCUCAUAGCAAAACCAAACAAAGUGCAGCUCAUUGCCAUGGACCUGCCCAUGGUCAGUGGAGACCGGAUCCACUGCCUGGACAUCUUAUUCGCCUUUACAAAGCGGGUUUUGGGUGAAGGCGGGGAGAUGGAUUCUCUCCGUUCACAGAUGGAAGAAAGGUUCAUGUCUGCAAAUCCUUCUAAAGUGUCCUAUGAACCUAUCACAACUACACUAAAAAGAAAGCAAGAGGAUGUAUCUGCUGUUGUCAUUCAGCGAGCAUACAGACAUUACCUCUUACGGAAAAAUGUCAAAAAUAUAUCAAGUAUAUACAUAAAAGAUGGAGACAGAGAUGAUGACUUGCCCAAUAAAGAAGAAAUAGUUUUUGACAAUGUUAAUGGGAACUCCAGUCCAGAAAAAACAGAUGCAACUCCAUCUACCAUCUCUCCGCCUUCAUAUGAUAGUGUAACAAAGCCAGAUCAAGAGAAAUAUGAAACAGACAAAACAGAGAAAGAAGACAAAGGGAAAGAUGGCAAGGACAGCAAGAAAUAGAGCUUCAUUUUUUAUAUAUUGUUUACAGCCUGUGACGGUGAUUUAUUUGUGUUAAUGAGACUCUUUUAAGGAGGUCUAUGCCAAACACUUUUUAUCAAAAUAGUCUCAAAGGCAGUGCUGUCAGUAGCUAUGAUUCUCUAUGACAAGUGAGCCCCAUUAGUAGACGGAUAUUUUUACACUGGUAAAUAAUUCUGUAAGAAUUAUAAGAGUAACUCUGUAGGGAUUGUUGAUUGCAGCAAGCAAAGGUGAUUCAAUUUUUUAAUAAAUCAGAAGACCAUGUAGAAAAUUUUCACAUCUGCCUUGUUAUCUUUUGACUAGAUUCAAAUUAUCCAUGUUUUCUAUGUAAUCACAAGGACCCCCUGCACACACUCACACAAGCAUACAUAGGAAAAUAUCUGUUAUUUA